UCUCCUCUUCCUUCCCCUUCCUUAUCUGGCACACCUCCUCCCCCAAAUCCCUCCUCCCUCGCAAUCAAUCAAUCUCCCGCGCCUAAUCACCGGCGACAUCACCGCCGGCGCCUGCCCGUACUCCGGCCGCACGCAGCGAGGCGGCACGGCGGUCUCACCUCGUCCGCAUCCGGCACGGCGCGCUCCUUCUCCUACUCCACACUGGCACUGGACUGCCGUCGAGUGGAGAUCGCUCCUUACCUAUCUCGCCCGUAAAUGAAGGAAGCUUUUGAUCCCCCAGCCUCUGUGGUAACAACACCAGAAAAUGCUACUUCCAGCUGCAUGAGAAGCAUCAUGAGGAAUGAUGUGCUUGCUGGGCGAGAUACCAUUCCCCCCCAUCGGUCAUGUAUGAGUCAUGGGGACAGUAUGAAAUGUGAAGAGGAUGCCAAUUUUCUUUCGCAUGCAAACAGGGCUUUGUCACUUCUGGAUUAUGACGCACAGUCUUCAGAGUCUAAGUAUGCUGUUGCCAUCGGGUCAGAUGUAUAUUCUACAGAAGAAAUUUCACCAGAAAGUGAAUAUGAUAGGCAGCACCCUUACUUUGAUUUAUCAAACAGUUCUUGGGAAAAUUCUUCUUCAUCGUCGGAAGCAGUGGCAAGAAAUCCAGAUGCAUCAACGCAUGUAAUGGAAAAAAUGAGAACCAAAAGCAACAUCUUUGGGCCAGGGCAUGAUUACCUUAAUUCAUAUCGUACUACCGGUCCUCGCAUGAGAAGGUCAUAUCCAGAAGCAGCUAAAGUUGAUUUCAGCUUCGAUUGUCAUCCAGAACAUAAGUACAAAGGAUCAAAUCGAUUUACUGCCCUUCCAAACUGCAAUGGUCAGUCUACUGAACAUCGCAAUGAGAUCGUAGAGUUACCCAGAGGGACCCGCUAUGUGGAUGAAACCACUUCACUUUCAAGUCGAUGGUGCUUCGAUAAUGGGGGGCGUGGGGACCCUUCACUACCUAGAGGACUGAUGUAUGGUGAUGAGAUCCCUUCUCUGUCCACUCGAAGGUGUAAUGGCAAUGAGGCGCUUUCAUGGCACCAUGGUUCUGAAAUUCCCUCCCUCUCAAGUAGAGAAGGUUAUGGUGAUGAAAUACCGUCUCUAUCUACUCAGAAGUGUAAUGGCAUUUCACGCUCAAGUCAGUGGCCCUUUGGUGCUGAAAGCCCCUCGCUGUCAAGUAGACAAAGUUAUGGUGAUGAGAUCCCUUCUCUGUCUGCUCAGAAGUGUAAUGGUAUUUCAUACUCAAGACAAUUUCAGUAUGGUGCUGAAAGCCAUAUGUUUUCAAGUAGACAGGUUUACAGCAGUGAAAUUCCAGCACUAUCUCGCCGUUUUCGCUACCAAGACACGACACCUUUGUAUUCUGGUCAAAGGUGCCAUGAUGCCGAGGCACGUCGAUUAUCAAGCUACCAGCAAGGUGCUUCUCAUGGACGUGGUCACCCAAGUGACAAUUAUGCCAGCAGUCUUGUUAGUAAUCCGCAAAUCAAGAUCACCACAAACAGACAUACUGGCACAAGAGCAUGGGUGGCUAACAGAGUUGUAAACAGCACUAACCACUGUAGAAAUAGUAAGAAGGAAAAUCCAUUGAGAAAUUCUGAAGAUAUAAGGGACCAAGUCUGUGGUCCCAGGGCAAACAAAUUGAAUAAUGCCACAACAGCUACUACAAAGAAAGAUACCUUGAGUCCUUUGGUCCACAGGGAUCAGUUUAACAGAUCAGACUUCUCAGUUCAGUAUGAACAUGCCAAGUUCUACAUGAUAAAGUCAUAUAGUGAAGAUGAUAUUCAUAAAGGUAUCAAAUACAAUGUUUGGGCAAGUACACCAAAUGGGAACAGUAAGCUGGAUGCUGCAUUCCAUGAAGCUAAGAAUUUAAUGAAGGAAACGGGUUCAAAGUGUCCUGUAUUCCUAUUCUUUUCGGUUAAUACAAGUGGGCAGUUUGUUGGAUUGGCUGAGAUGUUAGGACCUGUUGAUUUCAAGAAGACCAUGGAAUUUUGGCAACAAGAUAAAUGGAACGGUUUUUUCCCCGUAAUUUGGCACAUUGUAAAGGACAUUCCAAAUCGGCUCUUCAAACAUAUCACUCUUGAAAAUAAUGACAACAGGCCUGUUACUUUCAGCAGGGACACCCAGGAGAUUCACCUGCCCCAGGGUCUUGAAUUGUUGAAAAUUUUCAAGGCUUAUCGCCAUGUAACAUCAAUUCUGGAUGAUUUUGACUUUUAUGAAGAAAAGAAAAAUUCACGCUGUGCACAGGAUGGAAUAAAUGUAGAUUCAUUACAUGAAGCCAGACUCUCUUACUUUGGAAAAGAUGACUUGAAAUCAAUGGGAGAUUUAGAGGCAGGCAUGGAGAGUAUGAACUUCUACGAGUCCUGUGAAGACUAAUCAGGAGUGUUCCACUGCGCAUCUGAAAAGUCACACGAGCCAGUAAAUCGGUUGAAUCAUAGGUUUGAUUCAUCAAGUCGACACUACACGGAUUAACUGAAUAAGCUAUACAACGUUUGUAAUUUGUAUGAAGUUAUGAACCAGAUAUAGUCGUUGGGUAAACAGAGGGCAAGCUUUCGGUAGUUUCUGUGGGGGUAGUAGUUUAUAAGUGGUUACACGCUCUAUGAUGACAGGUCAUGUGUCCGUUCGGUUGUAUGUGAUACUUGAUAGUAAGAGUUAUUUUGAUUGAUAAGAACGAUUAAACCGGCAGGUUAUAUGAUAAUUGCAUGGAUUGCUUGUUGGGGUUUU